AUGGACUUCUCUCAGUACGGCGGACCAUCCGACGAAUGGUUGGCAGUGGAAAAGACACUGCCCGCCCGGACUUUCGACAUCUCGCUGGAUCCAAUCGUGCUGCGGAAUGCUGUUAACACUGAGAGGGAAACACGCUCUGCAGAGGUGAUGCCACUUCUUGCUCCCCAUGUCCAAGUCAAAGAUUACGCCAUUGCGACCCGCGAUGGCUCAACCAUCGAAGCUCGAACCUAUCGAUCUGUGAAGAAGGAUGCAUCCGAGAAGCUUCCUGUAUACCUGUACUUCCACGGUGGAGGCUUCAUCUUCGGAUCGCUGAGUAGCGAGGACCCGCUAUGUGCGCAAACCGCGAUCAAGACUGGGGCUCUGGUGCUGAAUGUCAACUACCGCCAUACACCAGCACACAUCUUCCCAACCGCCUGGAAUGACACUCAUGACGCAUUCGUCUGGCUGCACAAGAACAUCGACAUGCUCGGAGGCGAUCCAUCUCAAGUCGUCGUCGGUGGCAUCUCAGCAGGCGGCAACCUAGCUGCUUCCCUGACUCUAGAGCAGCACCUUGGAAAGAGCGAAGACAUCGCAGGUCUACCCACAAUAGCCGGCCAGAUCCUAAUCAUCCCAAUGCUCGCCCACCCAGCCACCUACGACCAAGGGCCAGGCAAGCUACUUAACCCCUCAACCUCAUCCUACGUUGAGAACGAAGAUGCACCGGUUUUGCCGAAGAAAACCAUCGACUUCUUUACCAAGCUGCUGAAGAUUGGGGAUGUAGAUCUCAAAGACACGAAGAUGAAUGUUGUCAAUGCGACGGAAGAGGAGGUCAAGGGUUUUCCUCCUACGGUGUUUGGUAUCGCGGGCUUGGACCCCCUACGUGAUGAGGCACUGUUGUUUUCGAAGAAGCUGUCGGAGGCUAAUGUGCCCACUUCUACUACGCUUUUCAAGGGCGUGCCGCAUGGCCAUAGGCGGUUUGGGAAAGCGUUGAAGGCGUCUGAGCAUUGGGAUCAGUGUGUUGAUGAGGGGAUACUUUGGGUGCUUUCGAAACCGGAGGCUACGGGGAAAUUUGACGUGAGAGUACCGUAG